CAGACCGAACCGGGUAGCAGCUGCUGCUGCAGAGCCAAUGCGCUCAAUGUCACCUGCCACCGAAAAAGAUGAUUUUACAGCGAGUUCGGUAGAGCUUGUCUUCACGGCCUAAUUGACGAUAUUCACCCAAGGAAUGGCCUGCUGCGAGAAGAUGUUAACUGUUGACUGUCAUUGAACACCGACAGACGAGUCACUUCAUUGAUGCACUGCAAGAUUUAUUUAUUCCAAAGCAGGUUGUGUCACUAAACACCCCGUAGCUGUACCCUGACACUAUCAUCUGUUCAACCUCUUUCGUCCAACCUCCCCCCUCCUCCAUCCAGGUCCUCUUCCCCUCCUCCUCAACCUGCGGCCUAUUUAUACCCUGGAGACUCAAAAGAGCCCAUUAAACCUCCGCAGAGACAACAGUGAGCAUGAAUCCGAUAACGCAAGGUCGCUCUGAUCUUCAGCCUCCUCACCUUUUCUUCAGCGGCUAAGAAAUCUAAGGCUUCAGCUAGUGGAUCAUUGAGAUGCAACAAGACUACAAUUGCGCCAAGCUUCAGAAGACAAAUUUUCCCUGAUAUUCCAUUGCGGUGAGGACAGUUUACAGCUUCAAAUUUUGGAUGCAGCAUGUACUUGGGUCCAUGGACUGGGGGUUUUGUUCUGCUUUCCUAAAUUACAGGAAACCAUCUGAAAAAUUCAUAUUAUUUAUUAGUUAACUCAGUUGUCUUAAUAGUUAUGUGGGAAGGACACUGAAAGAAUUCAUCCUCAAAAUGGCUCACGUAUAUGAAGCCCUUUACCAGUCCCAGCCAUGAGCUAAGCCCAUGCCACCCUGGGUGUCCCUUGCAGGAUGACUGCUGUCUGCCCCUCUGACAGCAGCCCAGAAGGGGCUGAAGCUGGGGCCGGGACAGCAGGCUGCAGGGGGUCGGGGGCAGCAGGCACUGCCAGGAACAUCUCGGUUUCUGGGGCAGAGACCGGGGAGUCCAAUGGAGAUUCUGUCGGGGGUUCAAUUGGAGGCACAUCUGUGGUCACUGCUGGUCAAAGGUACACCCGCUGGAGCCGCCAGGACAGCUCAGACAUCAACACAGACGAUGAGGGAGCCACCAUUCGGCGCCUCACCCCGCUGGAAAGGCUGAACCUGGACAUGUGUCAGGAUGAAAGGGUGGUCCGUGAGCUUACAGUGGGCAGAAGGAUCGGCUUCUACAAAAUUCGAGGAGAGAUCGGCUGUGGGAAUUUUUCUCAUGUCAAGCUGGGAAUUCAUGCCCUCACCAAAGACAAAGUGGCCAUAAAGAUCCUAGACAAAACCAAGCUGGAUCAGAAGACCCAGAGGCUGCUGUCCAGAGAGAUCUCCAGUAUGGAGAAACUACACCAUCCCAACAUCAUACGCCUCUAUGAGGUGGUGGAGACACUGUCACGGUUACACCUGGUGAUGGAGUACGCAGGGGGAGGGGAGCUCUACACCAAGAUUACUACAGAGGGGAAACUCUCUGACACUGAAAGCAAGCUUGUCUUCGCUCAGAUCCUGUCUGCUGUUAAACACAUGCAUGAAAACAACAUCAUCCACCGCGACCUGAAGGCAGAAAAUGUCUUCUACACCAGCAGCUCUUGUGUCAAGGUGGGGGACUUUGGCUUUAGCACGCUGAGCCGCCGCAGUGAGACCCUGAACACUUUCUGUGGUUCUCCGCCUUAUGCGGCUCCUGAGCUCUUUAGGGAUGAGCAUUAUGUUGGCAUCUUUGUUGACAUCUGGGCCCUGGGGGUGAUGCUGUUUUUCAUGGUGACAGGCACCAUGCCAUUCAGGGCAGACACUGUGGCCAAACUGAAGCGAUGCAUCCUGGAUGGGGCCUACGUCUUGCCCUCGUGGGUGCCAGAGGCAUGCCAGAGGCUGAUCAGAGGAAUCCUCCAACCCGUACCAUCUGACCGCUGCACAGUGGAGCAGAUGAUGGGCUGUGAGUGGCUGCUCCCUGUGGACUUCCCGCGUGCCAUGGAGCCAUUUAAACUAGACCCAUCCUACCUGGCAGAGGGCGAACCAUCUGAACUCAUGGAGGAAGAGAUGGAGGUAAAGGCAGCACUGGAGACACUAGGAAUAACCUCAGAACACAUCCUCAACAACCAGGGGAAAGACUGCAGGAGUUCCAUAACAGGGGUGUAUAGGAUCCUGCUACACCGUGCUCACAGGAGACGGGCUGUUGAGAGCAUGCCUGCAGUCACAAAGGCAGUCGGACCAACUACAACGAGUAAAAAGGAGCGACUAAAAGUGUACCGCAGUUUGAGGCACACAUCUAAACUCUGUGUGAUUCUGUGACAAAAUGCUUUCCGUUGCUUUGGAAAUGAAUUGACUGUGAUCUGGGAUGAGAUUGCAUGUAUUUCAUUAUGAAUAAAAAAAGUGUUUUUCAAUCUAACAGUUCAAAUUGAAAUCAUGGUAAAUAACCCCACUCAGCUCCUGAAAUCUGGGCUUUCUUACUUUACUGUCUUUCCUCUAGUACGUAAAAUUAGUCUCUGUGAGAAUGUUGCUGCCAGUGAAUCAUGGGCACAUUUUCCAAAUCCCUCAUGAAAUCUGAUUUAUUUAAUGAUGAUUAGAUGGCAUACACAAAAUUUUCUUGGGGUCAUGCAGGCCAGAUAUUUAUAGUCCACACCCUUCUUAUGCUCAGUUGUGGGACCACCCCAUGAGAACUCAAUGUAGCAUAAAUUAAAUCAUUAGAAAUCCACAGCAUUUCGUUGUGGUGAUAAAGUGGUGAAACAUGCAGUCAGUACAUGAAAUGUGGUGUCUUUAAUGUUUAAUUGCACUUUUCUUUGAUGCCUUAGUUUUCUAUCAUGUUAUGAAAUCAGGCAGACUGGUUGUGACACCUUACCUUCUUAUGUGAUGUAUCUCUAUGAGAUGUAAGACUGAUUGACCUGAAUGACCUCACUCUAAUUUCCCUUUGGCCUAAAAAUGCCAAUAAAUAUUACUAAGCUCCAAAUACCAAUAUACCUACCACCAAAGUUAUAGCUGUUCAUGUGGUGAAAUCAGUUUUCAGUUUGGACUCAGGCAAUUUCAGUAUGAGUUUCAUUAGGUUUUUUUAAUUAUCCGAUUACAUGUUAAUGCUCACGUGUUGAUUAAAAUAAAUUUAAAAUUUAAA